AUGGGCAAAAAAACUGAAUCCAAUCAAAUUUUACACCGUGAACUUUACCAAAGAAUGAACUUUCUUUACCAAGCUGCAACUUUAAUGACAACUAUAACCACUUCACCAACGAUUACUUUAGCUCAAUCAAAUAAUUCAAUAAAUCCGAAAUCCAUUUCUUCUGCUGUAAAUGAAUCUGAUGAAUCACAAUGUUCAUUGGUUACUUCUUCAGCUACUACUAAAAGAAAUUUAAUUCCGCUCUCCCGCUUUUACAUCUCUACAAUGAAGUCUAUUGGCACAAAACAAGUUCUCAGAAUCGAUCCUUCAAUAAAAAGGACUUUAUGCAGAAAAUGUGAAACAGUACUUUUACCAGGCGUUACUUCGCGUAUCCGAAUUAAAC